CAACUACUAUAUAAAUCUCCCUGCCCAUUCAAAUAAGAUCACCAACUCAUUUGACAAAUCUUCUCUUCUUCUGGUGUUCCACAACAAGCUAGCACAAGCCAAGCACAGCUAGUACAGUUUACAGUUCAUUUCUUCUGAGCUUCUACUUACCUUCAGGAGGGAAUUAAGAAUGAGCUGGACAGGAGGAGACUGGAUGUGCGGAGCAUGCCAGCAUGCGAACUUUAAAAAGCGCGACGCUUGCCAACGUUGCGGGUACCCCAAGUAUGGCGGACCUGAUCCAUCAACAUAUGGAUGCAACCGGACAGAGGUCUUGGCUGGAGACUGGUAUUGCAACUGUGGAGCUCAUAACUAUGCCAGCAGACCCAAUUGCUAUAGGUGCAGCUCAAUGAAAAAUGACUAUGGUGGUGCUGCCUACAGCAUGAUGCCUUCUGCAGAAGGCUAUGGUUCCGAUGCCAGCGCCCCACCUGGAUGGAAAUCCGGCGACUGGAUGUGCAAUAGAGUUGGAUGUGGAGUGCACAAUUACGCCAGCCGAAUGGAAUGCUUCAAAUGCAAAACACCUAAGGAUUAUGGUCUGUAACACAUGAUGUACUUGAUCAGGUGGUGCUGUUUAAGGAAAUGGAGCAUGUAGUUUUAUGCACCGUCCCUUUUCGCAUUUGCGCGCAUCUGAUCCCAUCUCAAGUCUUGUAUUUUUUUCCCCAAAUUUUCCUUUCUAGAGAUAAAUAAAGUUAGGUGAUCCUGGUUGAAGGCACAUUUUCACAGGGAUAGCCUUCAACUGACAACUGUAUUAGAGGAAGGGUUUUCUAGUUUUCUGUCGCAAAGUUGCUAUUCUAUGAAGCCCAGAAAAUCCCUUCUUUUAAUGGAACUACCAAGUUUUCUGUA